AAGUGAAAAGCCCUGUGAGAAACAAAACCAUAAAGCAGACACAGGCGGGGACAGGACCUCUUCUCAAAUUCAGAAAACAAAUGGUUUAAAACACAUAACAGUAAAAAAAAAACUAAAAACAUGGGAUCUAAAGCUGAAAUCCAGUAAACUGGCGGUAUCCAAUGCAGGGAAGCCUCACUACAGUUCCGUCUGCCCUGUUUCGAAAGUGAAGUGUUACAGAGAGAAAAUGGACAGAAAGCUGUUUAGCUCUCCAUCUCAUUUCCUCUCGGGAGCGCGCGGGUCACAGUCCGUUCGAGACUCAGUGGUGGCUCGUCACAGCCCGUCGAGGACAGGAGAAGAACUUUAAAGCCAAGCCCCUGAAAUGGAGGACACAAUAGACAAUCUUGCAAAGAAGGAGUUUACAAGUGUUUGGGUUCGGGAUCCCCAUCUUCAUAAGGAGGACUUCUGGCACACAUACGUUGACUAUGAGAUCUGUCUUCAUACCAAUAGCAUGUGUUUCCGGAAGAAGACCUCCUGUGUGAGAAGAAGGUACAGUGAGUUUGUGUGGCUCCGUCAGAGGUUACAGGACAAUGCUCUGCUCAUACAGUUGCCUAAACUGCCCCCUGCCAGUCCUUUCUUCAGCCUCAACAACACAGACCAGGUGAACCAGCGUAUGCAAGGGCUGCAGAAGUUCUUAGAUGGAGUGUUGCAGACACCACUGCUGCUGUCAGACAGUCGACUGCAUCUGUUCUUGCAGUCACAGCUGAACAUCGCAAAAAUGGAGGCGUGUGUGCAGGGCCAGACACGCUACACUGUUGCCCAGGCCAUACAGCGCAGCGUGUAUGAGACGCGCGAGGACAGCAAGAGUUCCUGUGAUUCGGAUGGUGAAAGUACAUCCUCCUCUGGUCUGGGCAGUAGUGUUGAUCCAGCCACGCCCAUCGAAAUGUCCUCCCACAAUAGUAGCCCCUCCCAGCACUUCCUGGCCAUGCCUGCACCACAUGAGCACUUAGGAUGUUUGUCUUCAUCUCCUAACAGUCCGCAGGACAGUCAGCAGAAUUCAUAAUGUGCACAUGACACAUACGCACACACAAAAAACCUUGUUUGCUGCUCACAUCUCCCAACAUAACAUUUGGGUGGAUUAUGAUGAGAGGAAAAAUGUUCCUUCAUUUUAAUGUGGUUUGUCUUUUUGUGUAUUUGUGUUCUGUAUUUGUCUUUUAAAGAGAAAAUGUUCGCUGCCUGAAAUUGUUGAAGGUGAAGACUCAUGCUAAGGCAUAGUUAGGAGUGCAAUAGGAGCAAAAAGCAAAAUGUAUAGUCAGCAUGGCUUAAAGAUAGGUUGAGCAAAAUAUUGGAAAGGAAUGUCAUAAUUAUGGGAGUGUUUGUUAGUGUUGCUUUGUUUUAUUUGCAUUGUUCAGUGGUUUAUCCAGGUGUUUACAGAGAUGUGAAGAAAAAAGUGGUUAAUGAUUUUUUAAAAGAUAAUUUAAUUUUGAAAAGGUUUUAUUGUAAUUUAGAUAUGUAAAAAAUGAAUAAAUGGUAGUUUUUGGGAAAUUUUAGUUCUUUAAGAUUCUGUUUGUCAUAGGAAAUAGGAAAUUUAGUAAUACACUACGCAUAAAAUGCUUCACACAGAAUCAUAAAGGGCCAUUCAAGGCUAAACCUGUAGUUUAGUGUUAUUGUGUUCUGUAAUGUUCUGUAGAGCAGCAUUGCAUCCCUCAGCCUCAUCUGUGUGGCAGAAUUCACAGAUUUGUAUUGUUUGUUUUUUCAUCCAUUAAUGUUCUCUUACUACAGUACCCAGCAUGCAUUAUGCAAAUACAUCAUACAACCACUGGGAAUCAUUAUACAGCAAUAAAGAAGUCCUGACUGCUA